UCAGCAUGGGAGCAGGCCAGUGCCAGCGACAAUUAGCUCGACGUACAACAGACCAGUGCCUUUCUCACUCGAUCGAUACUGCUGCCCUCACCCAUGCACUGCCGCCACCACUGACACACAUACGGGACGCACGCCUCACGCCCUCCAUUCUCCUGCAAGGGCAAACACGAGUCAGGUUGACGUGUGGCCAGCCAGCUGACCCUCGCCGAGGCCGUGCUGGCAGUGACGAAAGACGACAGUAUCGUCCACGACUCGUGGCUCCGAAAGACAUCAACUCCAGGAUGUAUCAAAUGGUAAACAAUAAACACACCAAUUAAUAGAUUUCCAUGAUUAUAUCACUUCAAAUUAGUCAGAUACAAAGAAAAUCUAUAAUCCAGACAGUAUUUCUGAAGCACGUCCGCAGGUACACCAGGUAAUAACAUUCAUCCCGAGGACACUGCAACAGGUACACCACUGAUCACCUCCACCUGCAAACACACCGCCACCAAGGACACACAUAAUAAGUAUAUUGCGUGACAAUCGGCUACAGUAAAACUUUCACCACUCCUGCUACAUAUACUCAGUAGCAACGUGUGUCACCUCAUUCCUGACGAAGGCUGUUUUUUUCCUGUGAUUGGUUAAACCCCCUGAAGACUAAACCUUGAGAAUCCACCCACCUGACCUGCCCAACCCAUCCAUUCCCAUGAUCAGUGCGUCUCCCCCUCAUUCCCCUUACUAUUACCACCACCAGCCCCUCUCUUCCUCCACCUCCCUAAUUCCUUCCUCCUCCUCCUCCUCUUUCUCCACCCUCAAUCCCAUUUUAACUAGUUAGUUCUGCUAUUACCUCCUCCGAUUCCCUUCCCUUCCUCCCUCCAGCACUCCUCUCUUUUCCUCUUCCCUUCUUUCCAGCACUCUUGCCUCCUCCUCUGCCUCCUCUCUCCCUUUCCCCACCUCCCCAACCACCACCAGUAUCUACUCCUCCUUCACACCCAAUUACUUUUAACUAGAAUUUCUGCUAUUACCUCUUCCGAUCCCCCCCACAACUAUGUAUGUAUGUACACACCAAAUAAAAUACAACAACAACAACAACAACAACAAACAGCAGCGGGAAGUGUGUAAUUUUCCUGUUUCACAUCCUCCGGCUAUGAACGUACACACGACACGGGAACGUCGCCUUGCAAGGACCAACAAACUGAAUAAACUUUGACUGCAUGUUUUCCUUAUGAAUUUUUCUGGGGCUGUUUGCUUGCCCGUCUUAAAGCUUUCCUCCACCAUCUAGUCAUGCUUCCCAGACCGCCACGUGUCACACAGCACUUGAUUGAGUCACUGCGGGGGCAUAAUAAGGGCAGGAACGCUUUAUAAGAGGAGGACAAGACAUCAGAGGCAGCACAAGGCCUUAGUCUGAGCGUCGUGACAGUAAGGUAUCGUGUCCGCUGCCAACACUCGCAAGAUGAAGGUCCUUCUUGCUCUCUUCUGUAUCUGUGUUGCCGGCAUUCACAGGUCACACGGACGGACGUACAACGCCCCGCUGCCCGCCUCUCACACGCCUAAUGGUGAGGUGUUCCCAGGGACGUUGCAGAAAGGCAACGAAUAUUCCAGAGGUGGUAGUGAUUUAUCCAUCUGGCCCAGGAUCGUGGGCGGCACCGAGGCGGAAAAACACGAGUUCCCAUGGGUGGUGGCUCUGCUGGCUCGCUACGAGUAUAUAGGGUUUGAACAACUCUGCGGCGCCUCCGUGAUAGACGAGUGGUGGGUGAUGACUGCAGCCCAUUGCAAAGAUCCUUCCAUUGAUGAAUACAAGAUCAUAGCAGGGGAACACAACCUAGAAAAAGAUGAAGAAGGUGAGCAGCACAGAAAGGUAGCCACCAUCGUCAUACAUCCAGAGUGGGACUCACAUACAAUGAAGAACGACAUCGCUCUCAUGAAGCUGUCAGAGCCGCUGGAGCUGGAUGGAAAGACCGUCUCUCCCAUAAGACUGCCAUCCCCACUCGUGGACUCUUCAGGGGACUGUGUGGUGGCGGGCUGGGGCAGAUUGAGGGAAGGAAGUCUUAUUGGUUCCGACAUCCUCAUGAAGGUCACGGUGCCUCUGAUCACUGACGAAGAAUGUGAAAAACUUUACGAUGGUGUAAAUAUCAACGAGACAGUUAGUCACGAUACGAUCUGUGCUGGAUACCACAAAGGGGGAAAGGGUCCCUGCCACGGUGAUUCUGGCGGUAGCCUUGUGUGCCAGGGGCCAAACGAGAAGUCUUAUGCUGCAGGCGUGGUGUCUUGGAGUUAUCAGUGCGCCCAGCCCGACUUUCCUGCAGUGUACACUGAGGUGAGUCACUACAUUGACUGGAUCACUCAAGUCAGGACUCAACAAUAGCCUCAUCACGCAGCUGCCGUGCCAGACACCGUGCAGUUUCCUUCUGUAAAGGACGGUCAGCAGAUGACUAUGCCACUCGACGCAAGCAUCCUCCAUCCGUACAAGACAUCAGGGAGCACGGCAGUGGACCGCUGCUCAAGCCACUUACAGAAUGUUUCGCAACGAUAUAGUCAUUCAGUACAUGUUUCGUAAAUUUGUGUUGCAUGAAAGUAUUUAAGCCAAUUCUUGAAUGGUAAAUGCCAAAUUUCUAGAAUCAUUGUCGUUCUUCUGCGAGAUAUCUACAAACAAGUGACCAAAAUAAAAGUAGACUGAAUAGAGCCAAAUAUAGUCUCAGGAUAGAAUGGCUUUAAUUCCAGGCCAGAGAAAAGAUCUUAUUAGCACUCCAAGGUACCUUUUACAAUAUGAUUUACCUCAUUUCUUAAACAUAAACUGUACCACAACUGUUGAUGCUGUCAUCUGCCACUUCUGUUUUGUAUAAACCCAGUCUAUCUUAGACCGAAUUCAAUAAAUGGCAGUCACUUGCUGCACUAAGC